AUGGCGGCGGCGUUGCCCAGGACCCUGGGGGAGCUCCAGCUCUACAGGAUCCUCCAGAGGGCCAACCUGCUGUCCUACUACGAGGCCUUCAUCCAGCAGGGCGGUGAUGACGUGCAGCAGCUGUGUGAGGCGGCCGAGGAGGAGUUCCUGGAGAUCAUGGCCCUGGUGGGCAUGGCCAGCAAGCCCCUGCAUGUACGGAGGCUCCAGAAGGCCCUGCGAGACUGGGUCACCAACCCGGCCGUGUUCAACCAGCCCCUGGCCUCUCUCCCUGUCUGCAGCAUCCCUGUCUACAAGCUAGAAGCUAACGGUAAUGCUAACGCUAGCACCCACGUCAAAGUGCCCAAACUUCAGGCGUCGGCGUGUGUGGGGGAGCCCAGGAGAGGCGAGGCGUCGGCGUCAGUGGUGGGGAGCGAGGGGGGAGGGGGUUCGGCCUCAGGGUCUCCACUGCAGAGGGGCAGCGAGCCCCGCUUCUGGGCCUCCUUGUCCUCCCACGGCGGAGGAGGGGGACCGGAGAGCGAGCGCAGCCUGUCCCCAGCAGAGUUGACCCUGGGUCUGGCUUCCCCCUCGUCCCCCCGCGGCGAGGAGGUACUAGAUGCCGCAGCUUUGAGGUCGGUGGUGGAGUGUGUGGAGCGGCUGGCCCAGGCGCUGCCCCGGAGCGACCCGGCCGACGUGAAGGAGGGGCUGAGGGGCAACAAGAAGCUGGCCAAGAUGAUCUGCCACAUCCUGGACAUGGACGAGGACGACCCGAGGAGGGCGGAGGAGAUACGCAAGUACAGCGCCAUCUACGGACGCUUCGACUCCAAGAGGAAGGACGGCAAGCACCUUACGCUGCACGAGCUGACAGUGAACGAGGCAGCAGCUCAGUUGUGUAUGAAGGAGGUGUCCCUGCUGACCAGGAGAGAUGAGCUGUUUGGUCUGGCUAGACAGGUCUCCCGGGAGGUCACCUACAAAUACACCUACAGGACCAGCAAGUCCCGAUGUGGUGAUAGAGAUGAGAUUUCUCCCAAGAGGAUUAAAACAGAGGAGGGCUUCUUUGACCUCCAGGAGGCCCUGCAGGCCAUCCACAUGAGACAAGAGACCCUGAGGGAGCAGCUGGCCACAGCCAAGUCUAAAGGAGAGGAGACCACAGGACGCAACAUCCAGCUGCAGCUGGAGCAUCUGCUGGCCAGGCAGAUGGAGAUCCUCCACGAGGCCAAGGCCCAGGACAGACUUCAGACCCUGGAGUGGAGGGUUCCUAUGGGGGGCUUCAAAUUCAGACACAGCACAGACCCAGAGCACCGCCACCAUACCAACGGAGGCUCCACUGAUAACACCAGUCUACAACCAGGGGAGAGGCCACUGAACCUGCGUGUGGCGGGUCAAAGGUCAGAUGGAGACAUACCACUGGGGAAACAGCUAGCCAAUGAGCUGAAAAGGCAUCACAGCAACGGGGAGGGAAAGACCCCGGCGACGAAAAAUGGAAACGGGGCCGACUUCUCCCAAGGGGCUCUCAACCUUUCCGACAAGAAGACCAUCAAAUCAGAGCCAGAGGAUUCCAGAUAGCACCUCUUCUCCUCCUACUCCUCCUCCUUCCUCAUCCCUCUCUCAUAACAUAGUCGUCGUCGGUCAAUACUAAAAAAGCACAGCUGCAGUAGAGCCUUAACAACCAAUGUUGCCUCAAGUAAAGGGAUUUUACUUUUUGUUUAUUUUUUGCCAAAGCACCUAGAGAGCCUUUAUUUCUUUCCUUGUA